CAUUCACAUUUCCUCUAGGGCAAAGAGGUUUUAAUCCUGGGAGGAGGGGACGGUGCUCUCAUGAACGAGCUCCAGAAGUUGGACAAGCCACCGAAGUUUGUGACAAUGAUUGACAUUGAUGAAAUGGUCAUGGAGGCGUGUAACGAGUUCAUGCCCACCGUUUGUGGCCCAUACCUUCGGAAGGACAACCGCGAAGGUCCAACACAUAAGAUCAUUGUGGGCGAUGCUGUGGCAUUCCUGGAAAACUGCUUGAAGGAAAAUCGUGCAUUUGACGUGAUCUUUGGGGAUCUCACGGACACACCAGUCUCGACGUCGCCCUUGGAAGACAAUGUCUGGGAGUUCAUCCGCUCCAUCAUCUCCAUGGGCAUGAAACUCAUCCGUCCCAAGACAGGCAAAUAUUUGACUCACGCCAACGGGAAGACCCUUCAGGAAGCCAUCGACGCCUACGAGAGAAUGGUCACCAGUAUCAAUGCCGGUCAAUGUCAAUUCAAGCGUUGGGAAAGCUAUGUGCCCUCAUUCAGUGAUACUUGGCUAUUCUAUGAGCUCACCAACAAAGACUGAAAUAUACUACAUCUCAGUGUGACUUUCACCAGUUGAACCAA